UCACAUCCAAAGCACAGGAAACGAGGGAUGUGAGAGAAGAGGGGAGGCAACAUUUGUGGUAUGUAAAGUGAAAGAGAGUUACUAAGAAAAGAAAUUGCAUACAUAGCAUCCCAAAAUCAAAUCAACUGAGCAAAAAGCCGAACCUGUUGUUUAGGAUUGAGUUAUUGUUGUGUUGUGCUGCAAAUAAAAGAUGGGUUGAGGACACUUGUUUCAUUGCAUUUCAAUGUAUUUUUAAUUUAAUUAAAUCAUUGUCUGCUUGAUCUCGAAAAUAAAGAACCCACAAUCCACCCUCUCCUUGUUUGCAAACACAACAACUUUAACAACAACAACAACAACAACAGUUGAAGUGGAACAAAAAGGCAAAAGAAAAGACGGCUAGAAACGCGGCAUGGCGUCGUCGAAGGUUGUCUCGACGAAUCCGGAUCUGCCACGCGACUCUUCUAUAUCAUCUUCUCUCUCUAACCUUCUUUCCGAUCCUCAUCCCAACAACUCCAUGGACGAUCUUCUCAAGUCCAUCUACACUCCUCCAUCUUCCAAAGACCCAAAAACCGUUGAUGAUGUUUGGAAAGAGCUCGUAUCUGGAACGCAGUCUCAUGACAACAAUGAAAUGACCCUUGAGGAUUUUUUGACCAAAGCUGGUGCUGUUAGAGAUGAAGAUGUUGGAGGGGUUCUUCCUCCUUCCCCUUCUCCUUCUCCUUUUCCUCUUCCUCCUCCCGCUGAGGCUUCUUCUUCUUCUGUUGAGCCUUUUGGGAAUGCACCGUCUCCUUCUGUGGGUAAACCCAAGAGAAGGGCCGUCGAGGAGCCUCUUGAUAAGGCCGCUCUUCAGAAGCAGAGAAGGAUGAUCAAGAAUAGAGAGUCUGCUGCUAGGUCCAGGGAACGCAAACAGGCUUACACAUCGGAGCUUGAGUAUCUGGUUCACCAGUUGGAGCAAGAGAAUGCGCGGCUAUUGAGUGAAGAGGCUGAGAUGAAAAGGCAGAGGUACAAACAGCUCAUGGAGUGCAUCAUUCCAAUUGAGGAGAAGACUAAACCGAAAGAAAAACUUCGAAGAAUAAAUUCAGCACCAUCUAUGAUCUGUCUGUUAUCAACAGACUAGGUGUUGUGGCUUGUUGUAGAUAUAAGGGGGGAAAUAUGACAAAGGUUUAAGAGGUUACAUAACAUUGCAGGUUCUUGGAGUUACAUUGUAUAGAGAAAAUAGCUGCUGCCAAAUAAUUAUAGUAAUUUGAUUCAACCUGAUCGUAUACUACUAAUCCACUGCUUGUGGAAUUCUGGGUGGAUUUUACCCGGAUUAGGCCUUGUAGCAAAAGUUGAAAAUAAGAAUUUGUGUUAUGUUAAUUCAUGCAAUUUGGAUGCUAUGCUUAGUUGAUUUCCUGGAGAUGGGCUACUGCAGGUGAGGGGAAAUGAACAUUGAACCUUGGAUUAUAUAUACUGGUAAAGAUUAGAAGAUCAUUUAUAUGUCACAUGAUUAUGAUAUGUUACCGUUUGCAAAAGUAACAUGACUUUCUGAUGUUCUAAUUGUGGCCUCAUAUAAUGGUCAAUAUUUAUUGUUUUAAUAUUUCUUGUAUUCUCUUGUGUAUGCACUCAUUUAUAUAGUUGGAGUUUAUAU